AUGAUCAACUCUUUUGUCAAACUGGCAGCUCUUAUGGCUCUUGCCAACGCCGCUCCCGCCUCCAACUCGGGCUCCACUCCCGGAACUCUCAAGCUGGACUUCACCAAGCGAGUUGAGAACGUUGCUUCUUCCAACAGCCCUGAUCCCAACUCCCCUUUCAACCCCGGUAAGGCUGGAUCCACUCCCCAGGCCACCCUCAAGAACCAUCUCAUCUACUACGAUACUGAGAUCACUCUUGGAACUCCCCCUCAGAAGUUUACUGUAGAUCUCGAUACCGGUUCUUCGGACCUGUGGGUCGCCGCUGACGGCUCCAAGGGCUCCUACGACUCCAAGAAGUCCUCCACCUACCAGGACUACAAGCCCGGCUUCUCCAUCUACUACGGAGACGGCUCCCAUGCCGCUGGAGACUGGGUCAAGGACACCAUUGGCUUUGGAGGAGCCACCGUUCCCCAAUUUAUCUUUGCCGCUGCCUCCAACGUUUCUUCCCAGGAGCAGAUUUUCGGUAUCGGAUACAAAGGCAACGAGGCUUCCACCUUCCAGGGCGAGCAGGUUGGCCAGACCUUCCAGUAUGACAACUUCCCCAUUCGUCUGGCUCAGGAUGGUAUCAUCAACACCCCUGCCUACUCUCUGUACCUCGAUGGUCUUGAUGCCUCCACUGGCUCUGUUCUCUUCGGCGGUAUUGACACUGGCAAGUUCUCUGGAGAACUGGCUAUCCUCAAGACCCUGACCGAUGAGGGGGCCUCCAGUCCCCGAGAGUUCUUUGUCACUCUUGACAGUGUCGAUGUUUCUGUCGGUGGCAAGAACACCAAUGCCCUCGACAAGACCCGCCACGUGCUGCUGGACUCCGGAACCACCCUCACCUAUGUUCCUACCGAGACUUACCAGACUCUCAUCAACGCUCUGGGUCUUCUUGACGAUGACAACUAUGGUCCCGGAACCACUAAGGAGCACAUUGACCAGCUCAAGGCCGACAAGGCUGUCGUCUCCUACAAGUUCCAGGGCAAGAAGAUCGAGGUGCCUGUGGACCAGCUAUUCAUUCUCGCCACCGAUAGAUGGGACAACCAGGUGUACGUGAACCAGAACGGCAAGGUCGAGGAGUACUACACCUUCCUGGUCGGUGACGGAUCUGACGGAGACCGGUACGACCCUCCUAGUGAGAUUGGCUACAUUUUCGGCGACUCCUUCCUGCGAUCGGCCUAUGUGGUGUACGACAUUGGCCAGGAUGUGAUUGGUCUUGCUCAGGCCGACUACUCCAAGACUGGCGGCUCCAUCGAGCCCAUCAAGAAGGGCGCUGAUGGUAUCCCCUCUGCUACCUCUGCCACCGGCGCCACCUGGUCCAUCAACCACCCCAUCACCACCUCCCCCACCUCUGGACCCCAGGCCAGCGCCUUCACCAAGGUCAGCGCUGUCGUUGCCCACCCUACUGCUUAG